AUGGACACUAAAACCGCUACCAAAAUUGAAGCCGCUCCUGCUGUGGUUAAGGCCAUGGAAGAGUUAAUGGAGAUGCAUAGGAAAGACGUGACUGGGAAGGAACAAUCUGUUGUGACAAUGGAGAUGAUAAAAGGACUAUCUGAUCGUAUGCAGCGGAUCGAAGAAAAGUUGGAUUCGUUGAUCUCAUCGCGUCUUUCAAAUCCUGCAGCUUUUAAAACUGGCCCUGUAAAUUCCAAUCCUUUCUCCAUACCCCCCUUUCCACAACCUCAGAUACACGCAGGAAAAACAGUGGGAACUGAUGCAAAGGCCGGUGGAACAAGCUUCGAGAGCAUUCCGUUUGAUGAAGAGAUGGAGAAUGUUAGUGCUUUAAAUCCUUUUGAAGGUAGUAGUGGUAGUGUUAGUGGUCCUGGUGGACCACCUUUUAGUCCUUCUAGUGGUCGUGGUCGUGGUCUUUAUACCGGUGGUCGUUUUGGCGGCGGUCGUUGUGGCGGUCAAGGCUUUUGUAGCUUCUGUUAA